UGUUUCUUGCUUUAUCUUUUUCCCUUUUUAUUUCUUCUGAUUCUUUUCUCAUCUGGGUUCCACCGUUUUUUCUUCAAAAAUAAAAAGCUUUGCUACACAGAUACAUAGUUUUUGGCUUGCUUGUAAAUUUCUAUUCUUUUCUCUUAUUAUUUUUUUUUUCUGGGUUUUAAAGCUUGUCUUUCAACCUUUCUUUGGUUCUGUACAUUGUAAAAGCCCCACAGUAAUUUGUUUAUUGGGUGUUGCCAAAUUUAAUUCAUAUUAUGUGUAUUACCAAUUUCAAUUUCAAGUUUUGGUGAAAAGUAAAUGGUUAUACAGUGAUAGUGCCUGGGAUGAGAGCUUCACUUGGAGAAGUUUAUAUUUUUCAAAUUAAAGAUGGGAAGGGUUAAGUUAAAGAUAAAGAGAUUAGAGAGCACUAGCAACCGGCAAGUGACUUAUUCGAAACGAAGAAAUGGGAUCCUGAAGAAAGCUAGGGAGUUAUCAAUAUUGUGUGACAUAGAUAUAGUCCUUCUCAUGUUUUCUCCGACUGGAAGGCCUACAUUAUUCCAUGGACAGCGAAGCAAUAUUGAAGAGGUCAUCACUAGAUUUGCUCAAUUAACUCCUCAGGAAAGAGCUAAAAGGAAAUUGGAGAGCCUUGAAGUUCUGAAGAAAACGUUUAAGAAGUUGGACCAUGAUGUAAAUAUUCAGGACUUUUUGGGGGCAAGCACUCAAACAGUUGAGGAGUUGACAGAUCAAGUAAGACUACUGCAAGCUCAACUUACUGAAAUACACACUAGAUUGAGCUAUUGGAGUAAUCCUAGCAAUGUCAACAGCAUGGAGCACCUUAGGCAGAUGGAAGACUCACUAAGAGACUCAAUUAAUCGCAUUCGUCUGCACAAGGAAAAUUUCGGUAGGCACCAGCUUAUGCCACUGGACUUUACCAGUCAGAAUGGAAUGCAUUUACCUUUGAUGAUGGGUGGCGUACAGAAAACGCAACCUCUAUCAUGGCUUCCAAAUACGGACAGUCAACAUCUUUUUGUACAAAAUGAGCCAAAUUUCCUCCCUGGAAGUAAUAUGGGGUGCUCAGAAGAUGGCCCCAUACCAAGCUAUUCUAGUUUCUUGGGCAAUGGUAAAGAUAUGGAGGCUGGCAACUCAGGGAAAGCUGAUAAUAUGGUACUUGGAGGUGAUCCUUUGAAUGAGUUGAGUACUGGUGCAUGCUUGAGUCUACAACUUGGGGAGCAAUUUUCAUACCCUCCAUAUGGUAGUUUGAAUAUGCCAGAUAAUAAGAAGUUGAAGCCUGAGAUGGAGAUGAACUUGCAAGGAAAUCCGGCAGUUUAUCAAGUCAGCAGCAACUUUGAAUUCCCUAGACCUGUGUAUGGCAAUGAGCAACAUGAUUGGGCUUCUGCAUCUGGGUCUUGUGGCAUUUCCAUGUUUGAUGAUAACUCAUACCAGCAGCCACAAAAUUGACUUUCCUGAGUCAAACAUAUUUUUAAAUGGAUGAGACGACUGAUAGCUGCGAAGUUGAUGUGCAUUAGACAAGUUUUUCUGUUGCUAACCAUUAUGUGUGGAGUUUGCCCUGUUACCAGAUGAAAUUUGUGAUUUAAGAAUUGCAAUCUGAGAAAAGGAUAGAUGGUUUGUUUAAUUUGUCAAGUGCUCAUGUUAGCUGUUAGUGGUGUACAAAUAGUACAUGCUCACUAGAUCAUCUGUAAAUACGUUUUAUAUGAUAGGGAUGGGUUUUUGUACAUUAUACUUUUGUAGAAAACAUAGUAAAAUCAUAGUUAUGGUUA